AUGAAAGAAGAGUUCGAACGUAUGAAAGAUGUUUUCAGUGAAAAAAUACCAUCGAAAUCCGCUAAAGCAUUCAGCAUAGCAUAUGCAAAUUUAAAAACUGCGAUAAGAAAUUUUGAAAAAGAAUUCGAAAGCGAAAUUGAUUUCGAAGAAGAACAAACUAAUAGUUCGAGCAUUAAAACAGCAAACGAAAAGGAAAACCCAGUAGUAGGAAAUGACGAAGAAAUCGAACGCAAUGAUAUGUCUACGACGGGUAUAGAAAGUUUUAUUGUGUUGACAUCAACAUCGAAAAGUGAAAAUAAGAGGCAUACACUGCAGAGAGAAAGUUGGGAUAUACCGCCACUUUAUGCUAAUGAGUCAUGGUACGACGUAGAACCCGAUGAACAAUACAAACAAAAAUAUGCUAAUUUGGGUAGAUAA